AUGACUCUGAUACUGGCCUUGGUUUUUGUGGCUGGAUCCUGGUGAUCGCUUCACUUUUUUUCACUAUUAUUACGUUUCCUGUAUCGAUCUGGAUGUGCAUAAAGAUUAUAAAGGAAUACGAGCGAGCCAUCAUAUUCAGACUUGGACGCAUCUUAAAAGGGGGAGCAAAGGGACCAGGUUUGUUUUUUGUCCUGCCCUGCACAGACAGCUUCAUCAAAGUUGAUAUGAGGACCAUCUCUUUUGAUAUUCCUCCCCAAGAGAUCUUGACCAAGGACUCUGUGACAGUUAAUGUAGACGGAGUGGUUUAUUACAGAGUUCAGAAUGCCACCCUUGCUGUAGCAAAUAUCACAAAUGCUGACUCGGCCACCCGGCUUUUAGCACAGACUACUUUGAGGAAUGUUCUGGGGACCAAAAACCUUUCUCAGAUUCUCUCUGACCGUGAAGAAAUUGCGCACAGCAUGCAGGUCACACUUGAUGAGGCAACAGACGAUUGGGGCAUUAAGGUGGAACGUGUGGAGAUCAAGGAUGUGAAAUUACCCGUCCAGCUGCAGAGAGCAAUGGCUGCAGAAGCAGAAGCUGCCCGGGAGGCGAGAGCUAAGGUAAUUGCAGCUGAGGGCGAAAUGAAUGCUUCCAGGGCCCUGAAAGAGGCAUCCAUGGUUAUUACGGAGUCCCCUGCUGCUCUUCAGCUUCGUUAUUUGCAGACCUUGACCACCAUUGCUGCAGAAAAGAACUCCACCAUCGUCUUCCCGUUGCCCAUAAACAUGCUGGACGGGCUCGUAGGUGCACGUCACUAGGUGCAGUGGGAGGAGAGAGCUGGGGGGGGGUUGCUACACUGAAUGUACGCUGAAUUCCCUAUGUAUUGUAGCUUAUGGCGGUGUUAACAGAGUGGAUGUGCCGAGGAACCUCUUUUGUU